UCAAUGAUCUUCGAACAAGUCCGACCGGUCCACAGCUCUCUCUCCUUGCCGGACGGAAACGGCCGUCACACUGAAAUUCGUAUAUAAUCCUUUUCUCCCCUAAUGCCGCCUCCCGUUCUCGUUCCGCCCCCUCGUCGUGCUCGUUGUCUCCCGCCCUAGGCUUUGCACGAACGAUGUGGGCGCUCAAGCCGCGCGUUCCCGCCCUCCGCGCUCUGCACCCUGCCCUAGUCGCGUCUGCGCGCGUCCGGUUCUACACCAUCGUCACAGACGCACCCAUACCCAAGAAAACAAAAGUCUGGUCGUCAGCGGAUGAGGCGGUCAAGGAUGUCAAGAGCGGCGACGUCGUCCUUAGCGGAGGUUUCGGUCUCGGUGGCAUUCCAGAGACCCUCAUAGAGGCUCUCUCGCGCCGACCGGAGGUUCAGAACAUCACCGCGGUCUCCAACAACGCUGGUGCGAAGGAUCUUGGUCUUAUAAGGUUGGUUCAGACAGGUCAGUUGAAGAAGUUGAUGAUCUCGUAUCUCGGCGGAAACAAGCUUCUUGAAAACAAAUACCUCAUGGGAGAGAUCGCGUUGGAGUUGGCACCUCAGGGCACGCUCGUUGCCCGACUCAAGGCACAUGCGUCUGGAUAUCCUGCCGUCAUCACCCCGACUGGUGCAUCAACUGCAGUUGAGACUGGUGAUAUCCCGAUUCAGUACAAUGCGGGCGGCAUGAAGAAUGGCGUCAAAAUUCCCGGUAACAAGAAGCAGACCAUAGUUUUUGAUGGACGGAAAUACGUCAUUGAGCCCGCAAUCAUCGGUGACGUCGCAUUCGUCCACGCGUGGAAGGCAGACGAGGUUGGCAACUUGGUGUUCAGGUAUGCUUCGAACAACUAUAAUGCGGUCAUGGCUCGUAACGCUAAGCUCACAAUCGUCGAGGCCGAGCACAUCGUUCCCGUCGGCAGCCUUUCCCCGAAUGCCAUCCACAUUCCUAGCGUUUACGUCGACAGGAUUGUGCAGGCGACCGAGCCCAAGACCAUCGAGGUGGUGGCGCUCGCUAAGAGCAAGGAAGAGCAGGUCGCCAACAAGCCAGGCGCAGCGGACAAGGCGGCUCACGACUGGCGUCACCGCAUUGCUAAGCGCGCGGCGAAGGAGAUCCAGGAUGGCUUCUACGUCAAUCUCGGCGUUGGUAUCCCGACCUUGGUUCCUGAGCAUCUUGCUCCCGGUGUUACGGUUUGGGUUGAGAGUGAGAACGGUAUUCUCGGCAUGGGUCCCUACCCGACGGCCGAGCAGGUCGAUCCCGAUAUCAUUAACGCUGGCAAGGAAACCACUACGCUGCUUCCGGGUGCUUCUUGCUUCGAUUCUACCGAGUCUUUCGACAUGAUUCGUGGUGGCCACAUGGAUGUUACAUGCUUGGGUGCUAUGCAAGUAUCGCAGGCCGGUGACAUUGCUAACUUCAUGAUCCCGGGCAAGCUCGUGAAGGGUAUUGGCGGUGCCAUGGAUUUGGUGGCCAACCCGGACAAGACCAAAGUUAUUGCGACGAUGCAGCACUGCUCGAAAGAUGGCGUGCCGAAGAUUGUCAAGGAGUGCUCGCUGCCCAUUACGGGUGCACGGGCUGUCAGCAUGAUCGUCACGGAUUUGGCAGUGUUCGACGUGGACCGCAAAGCUGGAGGACUCACGUUAAUUGACUUGGCGGAGGGCGUUACGCUUGAGGAGGUGAAGGCAAAGACCGCUUGCGACUUCAAGGUUGCGGAAAAUCUCGGCCAUAUGUAAUAUAGUCCCUGUACUCUAAUCAUCUUCUCUGUAAUUCGGGGGUAUCACUGCAUUUCGAUUCGGUGGGCAAGCUGAAAGC